GACAAGAGGAUAUCCCAAAUCGACCCAUUGCAAGUCAUAAAGAAGAUAGAAGAAAACCAUCCAUAUACUGAAGAAGAAGUGAGAGAAAUCUCCCCUCCCUGUUCUCAUCUGAGCUCUUUCUUCUCUACAUGGAAAUUCCAAGAAAGAGAAGGAGAAGAAGAAGAAGAGCAGAUCCUAUCUCUAGCAAUUUCUCUGGUGGAAUUCUCAAGAAGAGCUUCUGAAGAAGAAGAAGAAGAAGUAGAAGAAGAGGUUUUGAUUUCAUCAUCCAUCUCUUUUCUAGAAUCAUUUCAAAAGAAAUAGGGGCAGAUGGGUAUUCCCUCUGACGAUGUCGUGCUCAUCAGUCAGCCGGAGAAGUUCGGCGAUCCCAGCGUCAUCACCAUCAAUUGCCCGGAUAAGACUGGCCUCGGAUGCGAUCUCUGCCGCAUAAUCUUGUUCUUUGGGUUAAGCAUUGUAAAAGGAGAUGUUUCAACGGACGGGAAAUGGUGCUAUAUAGUAUUCUGGGUAGUAGGAAGGGAAGAGAGUUGGACACCAAGAUGGAGCUUAUUGAAGAAGAGGCUUUUGGGGGCGUGCCCUUCGUGUUCUUCGGCUUCUGGGAUUUUUUACUAUGGGCGAGAGGUCCAGCCGAAGCCACCUGAUGUUUUCCUUUUGAAGUUCGCUUGUAUUGAUCGGAUGGGUCUCUUGCAUGAUGUGACAAGGGUUCUUUGUGAGUUGGAGCUUACAAUAAGAAGAGUGAAGGUGUCGACCACACCAGAUGGAAGAGUGAUUGACCUCUUCUUCAUCACUGACACCAGGGAGCUUCUCCACACAAAGAAGAGACAAGAUGAAACAUGUGAGCAAUUGAGAGUUGCUUUAGAGGACUCCAUGAUAUAUUGUGAGAUUGAAUUGGCCAGGUCGGAGCUUGCCAUGUGUUUGCAAGGGUCCUCUUUUCUUCCUCCUGCGGUCACGGAAGAAAUGUUCAGCUUAGAGCUGCCUGAAGAACCACCUGUGGGAUCUCCCACAAUGUCCAGCAGUCUCUCUGUCACAAUGGACAACUCUCUCAGCCCGGCUCACACUCUCAUCCAAAUCCUUUGCCAAGACCACAAGGGCCUUCUUUAUGACAUCAUGAGAACUCUGAAGGAUUACAACAUCCAGAUAUCUUAUGGACGUUUCUCUGCGAACCAAAGUGGAAACUGUGAAGUGGACUUGUUUGUAAUGCAAGCAGAUGGGAAGAAGAUUGUAGACACAAACAAGCGGAAGGCAUUAUGCGAUCGCUUGCGGAUGGAGCUGUUCCGCCCGCUCCGUGUAACGGUUAUUAGGCGUGGGCCUGACCCCGAGCUUCUGGUUGCAAACCCUGUUGAAUUGUCUGGAAAGGGGCGGCCCCUCGUCUUCUACGACAUCACCCUUGCUCUUAAAAUGCUCAACACAUGCAUCUUCUCGGCUGAGAUUGGAAGGCAUGUGAUUGGUGGCCGGGAGUGGGAAGUCUACAGAAUCCUCCUCAAUGACGGAAAUGAAUAUUUGGCUGAUAAGAACAAGAUCGAAGAGGGAGUGACAAAGAUGUUGAUGGGUUGGGAAUGAUGUUGAUCCAUGGCCAGUUAUCUUACAUGCUGUUACACCAGGAGUUCCACGGCGUAUAGGCUUUUAGCUUGUUGGACUUCCAUUGUACAGUACACUUUCUCUUCUGUGUUUGUUUUUUCGAGUAAGGUCCAGCGCUGAAUGCCAAUAUCUACAAUCGGUAUCAAACACAAUCUCAGUUCUUGGGUCACAUGUACGAGAUUCAUACUAUCUUGUAUGGUUCCAUACACUGAAAAUCUUGCAGGUCAGUUGAUUAUAACUGCUGGUUGGACUCUUCCCUAACCACCCUAGUAUAACCCUCAAAAGGAGUCCAACCAGAGGGUAGGAUCAUACCCUACUGGUGUGGUUUUCAUGGUGCGCCCCACUUUGGUAGGCCCAGCAGAUGAAUUGUCCAGAUCUUGUUCACAUGUGCUACAUCUAUUGAGAUUGAGUGCUUGAUAACUAGCUCAGGUAUUAGCUUUUGGCAGCAUGCUACUUUCUUAUUUUCCACUUCUAACUAAAUGUAAGCUGUGUGAUGGAUACACACUAUUUUAAAAGAGUGAGCUGUUUUAUAUUGUAUA